AUGGCACCAGCUGAAGAUUUUCAGCUGCCGGGACCAGACCCCGUGCAGACGCUGAAUGGCCAUGAGUCCGGUGUGCUGGCUAUGUCUUGGACACAAAACGGCCAGUACAUCAUGACCGCGUCGCAGGACAAGUCAGUGAGACUCUGGAACCCACACAGUGGCAAGCACAUCAAGAAGUUUGCUGGUUGCCACAACCAGGAAGUCAACGAUAUCCGGAUAGCUGCAGACAACAGCAAGUUUGUCUCAUGCGGCUCUGACAAGUUGAUCUUCCUCUGGGAUGUGACAUCUGCACAAGCGAUCAGAAAGCUCACUGGCCAUGAUCGGAAAGUCAAUGCCCUGGCAUUCGGCCCUAAAGAGGACGUGCUGCUCAGUGCUUCCCAUGACAAGACUGUCAAAAUCUGGGAUCUACGAACUCGCGCGCGAGCGCCAAUACAGACCCUGACCGAUGCAGUCGAUUCAAUCUUGUGCCUUAUGACACACAAAGAUGUGAUCAUUACGGGAAGUGUUGAUGGUGGUCUGCGUCACUACGACCUCCGGAAGGGACAGUUGGUGACGGACCAGCUGUUGCAGCCAAUUGGCAGCAUAUCAGUUUCAGAAGAUGGCCAAUGCCUUCUGGUUUCCACACUGGACAGUUCUAUCCGCCUUUUGGAGCGUGAGGACGGGUCGGAGCUUGCCGCUUACAGCGGGCAUAGCAACCGGCGUGUGAAAGUACGAAGCUCCUUGGACCCUUCGGAUUCCUUUGUUGUCAGCGGUUCCGAGGAUGGCAUGCUCCACUUCUGGGAGCUUGUCGAAGCUACACCGCUGCGACGAAGCAAGGCGCAUGAGGCUGCGGUUCUUUGCCUUGCUUUCCACGAGGAGAACUUGGUGACUGCAGCUGCAGAUGGCACCAUCAAAGUCUGGCGGCCGCAGAGAGCGUGCUGA